UGGGGCCGUGGUACCGCAGGGUGACAGCAAGCUCCCUCAAGUGCAGCUGAGAUGUGCUAUCUGCCCUUCACGUUGAGAAUCCCUGGUUAAAGGGUGGUCCUCAGCCACCACCAGGCCCUCCCAGCUUCUCCAGCUAUUCUCAGCCACCCCUGCAACAUUGGCAGCCUCCAAAGGCUCUAGGAUGCUGGGGCCAGCCGGGCUGGCGCUGCCCACCUGAUCCUCGCUGCUGUGUCCCACCGGCGCACCAUGUUUCGCUCCUGGCGCAUGAAGCUGAAGGUGCUGCUCGCCACGGUGACCCUGGCCAUCCUCCUCUGCUGGCUCUACCUCUUCAUGGGCAGCCUCGAAUACGGCCGGUUCCUGCUGCUGCCGCCCUGCCUGAGCGAGCAGCCGGGCCGGGACGUGGAACGGGAGGCGCUGGCAUCACGGGUGCGCCGGGUGGAGGAGGAGAACCAGCAGCUCCGCCUGCAGCUCAGCCAGGCCCAGGCGGAGGGCAGCGAUGGCAGCCCGCAGUGGGGGGCCUCCGCCGAGGAUGGGGACACCCCCGGGGCUGACAGGAGCAACCGCACGGCCUGCCCCAAGCAGCGGACGGUGCACAAGUGUGAGCUCCUGCACAUCGCGAUCGUGUGCGCCGGGCACAAUGCGAGCCGGGAUGUGGUCACCCUGGUGAAAUCUGUGCUCUUCCACAGGAAAAACCCUCUCCACUUUCACUUCAUCACGGACUCGGUGGCUCAUCGGAUCCUCCAGACGCUCUUCCAGUCCUGGAUGGUGCCCUCUGUCCAUGUCAGCUUCUACAACGCCGAUGACUUGAAGCCGGAGGUGUCCUGGAUCCCCAACAAGCACUACUCCGGCAUCUACGGGCUGAUGAAGCUGACGCUUACCAAGGCACUGCCCUCCAACCUCUCCAAGGUCAUCGUCUUGGACACCGACAUCACCUUCGCCACUGACAUUGCUGAGCUCUGGGCUGUCUUCGGGAAGUUUUCUGACAAGCAGGUCAUUGGGCUGGUGGAGAACCAAAGCGACUGGUACUUGGGCAACCUGUGGAAAAACCACAAACCGUGGCCAGCCCUGGGCCGUGGCUUCAACACGGGGGUGAUCCUGCUCCUGCUCGACCGCCUGCGUCGCCUGGGCUGGGAGCAGAUGUGGCGGCUGACGGCGGAGCGGGAGCUCAUGAGCAUGCUCUCCACAUCACUGGCUGACCAGGACAUCUUUAACGCGGUGAUCAAGCAGGACCCGUCCCUGGUGUACCGGCUGCCCUGCUUCUGGAACGUGCAGCUCUCUGAUCACACCCGCUCGGAGCAGUGCUACACCGAGCUCUCGGAUCUCAAGGUGAUCCACUGGAACUCGCCCAAGAAGCUGCGGGUGAAGAACAAGCACGUGGAGUUCUUCCGCAACCUCUACCUGACCUUCCUGGAGUACGACGGGAACCUGCUGCGCAGGGAGCUCUUCGGCUGCGCCAGCCUGCCCAGCGCACCCAGCCACCAGCUGCAGCAGGCGCUGGAGGAGCUGGAUGAGGAUGAUCCCUGCUAUGAUUUCCGGCAGCAGUACCUCACGCAGCACCGCGUCCACCUCUUCUUCCUGCAGUACGAUUUCCUGGCCCUUCUCAACCCCACCGAUGUCACCCUCGUGGCACAGCUCUCCAUGGACAGGUUACAGAUGCUGGAGGCCAUCUGCAAGCACUGGGCCGGCCCCAUCAGCCUGGCGCUGUACAUGUCGGACGCGGAGGCUCAGCAGUUCCUGCGCUAUGCCCAGGCCUCGGAGGUGCUGAGCGCCCGCCGCAACGUUGCCUACCACAUCGUGUACAAGGAGGGGCAGUUCUACCCCAUCAACCUCCUGCGCAACGUGGCCUUGGCCAACGCGCAGACGCCGUACGUCUUCCUCACCGACAUCGACUUCCUGCCUAUGUAUGGCCUCUAUGAAUACCUCAGGAACUCCAUCCAGCAGCUGGAGCUGCCCCAGAGGAAGGCAGCUCUCAUCGUGCCGGCGUUUGAGACCCUGCACUACCGCUUAACCUUCCCCAAAUCCAAAGCAGAGCUGCUUUCCAUGCUGGACAUGGGCUCCCUCUACACCUUCAGGUACCACGUGUGGCCAAAAGGCCAUGCCCCAACGGACUAUGCCAAGUGGCGGACGGCCACGGUGCCGUACCGCGUGGCGUGGCAGCCGGACUUCGAGCCUUACGUUGUAGUGAGGCGAGACUGCCCCAAGUACGACCAGAGGUUCGUGGGCUUCGGCUGGAACAAGGUGUCGCACAUCAUGGAGCUGGAUGCGCAGGAGUAUGAGCUGCUGGUGCUGCCCAACGCCUUCAUGAUCCACAUGCCCCACGCCCCCAGCUUCGACAUCUCCAAGUUCCGCCUGAGCGCAGGGUACCGGAGCUGCCUCCAGACCCUGCGGGAGGAGUUCCACCAGGACCUGUCACGGCGCUAUGGGGCUGCCGCGCUCAAAUACCUCACUGCUGAGCGGAGCCUGUGAUGCCUGGGGAUGGGGGGCAUGGGGUGACAGCAGCAUGCUGGAGAUGAGAAGGUGCCAGGAUUCCCUCUGCCCCUGCUCACCGCGGGAACCAAGCCGCUGCACAGCCUCUUCAGCCCAGCAAAGGGGUGCCUGCAGAUGAGAUGGAAGAUGCCAGCUGUGGGAGCAGGCAGUGCCUGCAGGUCACGCUGCUGCAGUGUAUCCAAGGGUUUUGGAGCAGCAGAAGGAACCUCCCCAUGCCAGGGACCAGGGGAGCAAUGGGUGUCCUCCCUCCGCUGUUGUAGCAGAUGUGGAUUCCCAGCCUUCCUUAGCUCACCUCACCUUGGGGCCUGGGAGCUUUACCUUACCCUGCGCUGCCUCUGGUCUGUGGUUCCAGGUCCCAAUCCCCUUCCAGGUCUCCCACCCCUCCAGGGCUUUGAUAAGGGGGAGACAAGGUUGUAGAGCAUCAUUUUGCAUCCUUUGUGGAGCAGGCUCAGAGGUGAGGCACUGGCACAGGGUGCCCAGAGAAGCUGUGGCUGCCCCAUCCCUGGCAGUGCUCAAGGCCAGGUUGGACGGGGCUU